AUGGCGAGGGUCUUGCGCGCGAGACCCACCGUAGAUCCAGAUUCUAUUGAUGAAUGGCGGGCCAUGGCGCAAAGUAGAACCAUUUCAGCUGAGAGCUCUAAGAGCGGGCAGUGGUUGAUGGAUGCUGCCGUGGAAAAUUUCCAAACUUGCGCGGCCAUGAGUGGAGGCAGAUGGCCAAAACCUCCCCGUUGUUUGACUUGGGCUUCUUGUUGCUCUGGGUCUGAAGGGCCUCUUUUUUGCAUUCAAGCCAUCAACGCCGCAGUGAAGUCCAACAAGCAGGGGGCACCGUUCUGCAUGUCCCAUGUGUUUAGUUGCGAGAAGGACGCAGAGAAAAGGAAGUGGAUCGCUUGUGCUUCGUUUCUAGCAGCCGACACAGUUCAACGGGCAAGCUCUCAGAGCCAGCAGGCAGCUCAUGCUGCAGCAGCGGGCCGUGCUUGCUGUCACACGCGGCUGGCAGAACCAUGUCUCUUUGUAGACAUUGCCACCUUAGGCCAACCUGAAGCAGAAUGCGCGACGCACCGAAAGAAAUGCCUUGUUCCAGAGGUCGAUUUGCUGGUGCUUGGUACGUCUUGCAAGGAUAUGUCAAAGGCAAAUCCCAAUCCACAGGCAGCUGCAGGAGUUUUGGGGCAGAUGAGCAGCAAGGGUGGCUCCGCACAAACAUUCCAAGGAAUGUUGGCAUACUUGUCCAGCAAAUGCCCCCCGCUAGUUCUCUUCGAGAAUGUGGACGCGAUGGACGAUAGCAAGGGUGCUGAAAGCAGCAACAUGGACAUCUUCUUGGCUGAGACAUCAUCGAGAGGCUAUGAAAGCCAAGUUUUUAUGACAGAUGCUGCUGAGUUUGGUUGUGCUGCUCGGCGCAGGAGGGUAUAUGUAUUGCUGGUUCGGGCGGCUGUGAACCCUUCGGUGGACUUUGUUUCACGGCCCCUCAGUGCCACAUUUGCCACUUUCAGAGCCUUACUCGUUGGGUGCCUUCGAGGCGGGCCGUGUGUCAAUGACGUGCUUCUUGACCAGGCGUCCACGUCAGUGCAAGCAGACCUUCAGUUGCGCUUGGACAAGCGGGCCAAACAAAAGGAAAAGGAGUCUGCAAAGACUUCACCGCCCGUCAAUGUGCCUCAAACAUGGUUGGCCAGCAACCAAUGGUUUCAAGUUUUGGGGGACCGGGAGAAGGAUGCACUGGUGCUGCAGCAGCUGCACUCUCCGCAGAUUCGCUUCCGAGAUUUGUCUCAAUCUAUCACCCGAAUGAAUUCAAAUUCUUGGGACCCAGACAGAGCACGGCAUACUAUGAGCACCGUUUUGCCCAAGAUGACUCUUUGGUGUGAGCACCAGGCUCGGUUGGCUCUAGGGCGCGAAGGUUUGGUCAUGCAAGGUUUUCCUGUAACGCCUUUCCUCGAGUUGGUCCAGGAGCACAUGCAAAGUUUGCCCCUUGCGGAGCAGUGGUUUCCAUCUGAAAAUUUGAUGAUGGACCUGGCUGGAAACGCAAUGGCUUUGCCAGUAGUGCUUGCUAUGUUGCAGUGCGCCCUGGUGGCUUUAAAUUGGAAAGAUGGGGCGCAAUCACUGCAGGUAAAUCCUUUGUCUCACAGUGAGGACAUGGCUGCUGCUAUGGAGGCUUUGGAGGCUUUGGGUUCUGCCAUGGUGAAGUGCUGUCACAGCGGGCAGGAAGGCUUUGUAAAGUAG